AUCAUUCUACUGCUGCCAUGUCACUAUGGCGGUUCACUCUGGUGAAGCAGUGACCCAAGCCGGUGGCACCCAAAGAGAUGCUCGCGCCACACUCUUGGCGUUCCUGCAGCGGCGCUUCCGUCAGGGCGGAGCAGAACACGAAACAAUUCUGCUCCAAGCGGUGGAAGAAGUUUGCGCCGAAGAAACAGGCCAGGAUGUUUCGGAAAGACAGUUCUGCCAGCAGCUCCGAGUGGUUGGAGUGGCCCUGGCAGAGGAGAUCGAGAAGACGAAGCCUUCAUGGGCCAUCGAAGGGCAGGAGGUUGCAGUGGUGGCUGAAGAGCUACGACAGAUGCGCAGACGUCGACAGCUCGCGAAGGAAGCCUUUGCAGCGCAAGAGGCCAUUCACCAGCUGUUGCGAGAACGGCAGCAGCUAUGGCUUUCAGACGAAGAACUUGAAAUUUACAGACGGUCUGCCCCGGUCGUGGGCAGCAAGUCCUGGAGCAAAGCCACGGUGCAGUGGGUUCUCGACGAGCUCGAGGUGUUGACACCAGGAGCUGCAGGCGACAUCCGCCUCCUGGAUGUUGGAAGCAGCUAUGGAGCCUGGGACUCCCUGCCGAAAUCCUUGGCUUUGGAUUUGGCGCCUGCUGCUCCCAGCGUUUGGCGUGCAGACUUCUUGCAACUCCAAAUUGAGGAAAUGGAGAUGGAGGAAAAAGACGGCGACGUCUUUGAGAUCAAUGCGCAUGGAGAGCUUCAAACUCUACGUGCAGGUGCUUUUGACGCAGUGGUCUUGAGCCUUGUGCUAUCUUUCUUGCCAACGCCCGAACUACGGCGAGAAAUGCUGGACCGUGCGCGCCGCUGUUUGCGGCUCUCGCCUCCAGGAUCUCUGUUUGUCAUCGAAAAAACGUCCCUGUGCCGUGACACGGCGCAAUCGGCACGGGAGAAGUUCCAAAAAGCCUUAGAGGCUGCAGGAUUUCAAUGCCAGAAGUAUUCGGCCGUGGGAACUUUGGAUGGAGACAGCCGUCCCAACCGUCACGCACACGCCUGGCAUUUACGUCCCAACGCGGAGCGUUUCCAACCUUCUCCACUUCCGACCUUUAAGGAAACGCGCACGGUGAGAGGGCAAGAGACUGCUGGUGUGCCAAAGGGUGAAACACCUGUAGAUACCAAAGAAGCCACAGCAAUCAGCGCAGGCACCCCAUGUCGACCCCAAUGUAAAGACUCUCCACAUGAUCCAGCCAGCAGUGUCAAGUGGCAUUGCAGGCCAAAGUAAGAUCACUCACUUCAUCGGUUUCACGCUCUCAGUUUGAAUCUGGAGCAAUAGAGCGAUAUGCGAUAUGGAGACACAUGGAGACAAAA